UUCGGUAUCAAAUAGUAUGCUCUUGUUUAUACAGGAAGUAGCCGACGAAGCAUUUCCAUGCACAAUCAGCUGUUCCAAACAGAAGACUUCUCACCAACUUUAAACAAAGUUGUCGUUGUUAAUAUGAGUGGCCCCGAAACCCAAUUCGAUCCAAAAGAGCACCAGCACUUGCGUUAUAAUCCAUUGAGGGACAAUUGGGUCCUGGUCUCAGCCCACCGCAUGAAAAGACCCUGGACCGGACAAGUGGAAAAACCUCCAGAAGAAUGUAUAGCGAGAUAUGAUCCGUGCAAUCCUCUAUGUCCUGGAAACACACGUGCUAAUGGAGAGAAGAAUCCAGACUACAAGAGCACUUUUGUUUUUGUAAACGACUUUCCUGCCAUUCAGCCAGAUGCUCCAGAUCCUCCUUCAGAUCAGCAUCCAUUGUUCCGCUCUGAAGCUGCCAGAGGUGUGUGCAAGGUCAUGUGUUUCCAUCCCUGGUCUGAUGUCACCCUCCCUCUCAUGAAAAAAGAAGAGGUUGUCACUGUCAUUAACAAGUGGGCAGAGAUCAUGGAAGAACUGGGUGCCACCUAUCCAUGGGUUCAGAUUUUUGAAAACAAAGGAGCUGCGAUGGGUUGUUCCAAUCCACAUCCCCACUGUCAGGUGUGGGCCAGCAGCUUCAUUCCGAACGAGCCAGCUCUGUCCGAUCGUUGUCAGAAAGCGUUUUAUGACAAGUACCAGGAGCCAAUGCUGUUGCAAUAUGCCAAGGAAGAAGUUGAAAAAAAGGAACGUGUGGUGGUGAUGAACGCUCAUUGGCUGGCAGCGGUUCCUUACUGGGCCACGUGGCCCUACCAGUUACUGCUGUUGCCACGACGACACGUCCUCAGAAUCAAUCAGUUGACCUCAGAGGAACGAGAGAGUCUGGCUGACAUUAUGAAGCAACUGCUGACCAAAUACGACAAUCUAUUUAACGUGUCCUUUCCCUACUCCAUGGGUUGGCAUGGAGCCCCUACUGGCCCCUACUUAAAGGAAGACAGUUCACAUUGGCAGCUUCACGCUCACUACUACCCUCCUCUGCUACGCUCCGCCACCGUCAAGAAGUUCAUGGUCGGCUACGAGAUGCUCGCAACCGAGCAACGGGACCUCACUCCUGAACAGGCUGCAGAGAAGUUACGGAAUCUACCAGACGAGCACUAUAAAAGCAGGGCUGUAGAAGAAAAAUGAGAAUUAAAGUGAAAAUAUCAAUUUAACACAAUCUAAAAAUGACAAUAAUCGCUACUAACAUAAUUGUAUGUACUUGAAAAAAAUGAUUGGGUCAGUUUUUAGCGUUACAUCAAGGUAUUAUCAUUUGUGUCAACGUAUCAACGUCAUCUUUAAUAUAUCAGAAUAUGUUUCUGACGUAUGGAUUGCGUUGAAAAUGGCAACAUUUUCAAAGGGCUCACUCGCACCCAACAACAGAGGGCAAUGUCGCGCAAGGAGUAAGGCCGAGGAGAACCGAGGGUUUUGACGGGGUGGGUCACAUUUGAUAAGUAAAACAAAUGGCCUCAGUCAUUAUUUGAUAAGUAAAAAAAAUAAAAAUGCACACUGUAUAUAUUCUAAUAUAAAUAUAGAAUUGGGUAACACAAAAGCCUCAAAAUGUUGGGGAAAUGUUUUUGCUAUCAGCCCAUCUGUUUUCGAGAUGAUAUAAAAACCAGACGGAUUUUCGCUGCAUUUGGUGCAUAGAUUAUUCAUAUUUUUAUUUGCAUUGAGAACGAAUAAUAUUCAGUUGUAUGUACAGACUUGCCGCAACACCGUUAUCAUAUUUUCACAACUGUUUUUUUUUUUUAAUUAAGCUAGCUAAAUUGUGAUCCAGUUGAGCAAGUAUUGCAUUCUUUGCCUCAUCCAUCCACUUAAGAUAAAACCAAAGUGAAACCGACUUGUUUCUUUGCCUUGCGUCACUUUAUCUGACCUGCCCUCCCCCUUGUUGCCUCAAAGUAAAUAAACACAGAUGAAGAGGGUCUCUUGCCUCAAAUCUGGCUCAGCCAUCCUUCUGUAUGUAUUUGAUCCAAACAUUCCCUUUUUUUUCUUUUUUUUAAACCAUCAACACAAAGUGUGACUUGAUUUAAUUAUCUGUGCUUCCAAUUCAUUUAAUCAUCACGAUCCAAAAUUGUAGUUAAAAAAAAAAAAAGAAAAAUCCAGGCAACUAAAAUAUUCAGCACCACAACGUUGAUAGAAUUUCCAUUUAAGUGCAUUCGGAAGAGCACUUGGGAAUAUCUUAAACACACACAACGCUAUUAUUGCAAAGCUCAAUCUUUGACUUCCUAUAAAUAUUAAGCACGAUUCUACAAGGUUGAACCGGGAUGGCUCACAGAGGUCGAGCUUUGUGAAAGUCUUUUUGUGGCUGUAUGCCUUUUAUGUACUGUGACAGACCUCAUUCUUUCAAGUCAAUAUUUAUUUAAUCCUUUCGUUUCAUGGAUCUCCUCCUCAUCUAUCCCAUCACUCCUUUGAGACUCGCUGUAAGUGUGUGUGUGUGUGUUUCUACAUUAGUGUUAAGCAGCAGGUCGACUUUUUACCACACGCCCCCCCAUGAUUGACUCACGACCAGUCAUUUAAAAUGGAACUGUAAUUGCGCAAUCACAGUGACACACUGGUUUGUCCUUUAGCGGUCUCGUAUCUUUCACACGAUCAGACUCACUAUCAGUCAGAUUUCACCUCAGAUUUCACCUCACCCCGAGUGAGAUAGUGUAGAUGCAUCACCGGAGGCGACGGCGAUGUAAACUCCAAUAAUAAGGGGAAACGUGAGCAGCCGUUACCUCUGCUCAUCUGUCUGAUCAUUUGCCACAGCCCGUAGACAAGGAUGAGGGUUAGGGCAGAUGAGAGAAAUAAUCACGGAACACACAGAAACUGACAAAAUGAUGGCACUGUAGCAAAACCUGCAUGCUGCAUAUGUCGGAUUCGAAAUGACUUACCAUAAUAUAGUCGUGUGAAAUUUGGAAAAUAGAGCACAGUUUCACUUUGUGGUAAACAGACGAUGUGUUGCCUCACAAAGGUUAAUUUCACCCUAUGAAACAUUUAUAUUUUUCCUCUCUGGUGUUUAUGUAUUUAUAUUUGACUAUUUGUCUUUAUUAAAAAAAAAAAAUUCUACUGGCUUUAA